AUGAAUCCCACGCAACAUGUGUUGUUCUUCAGCACUAUCGCUGAGUUGUAGCCAUAUAGAACGGACCCUGAAAUCAUUUUCUUGAAACACGCCUGGGGAAGUGAUUCGAUUUAUGUGAUAUGUUAUGUCUUUAUAAAUUUACAUGUCAAUCUUUCAGAUCAUGCACUCCCUCCGCUCCUUGAUUCCCAACUAUCAUCUCUAGCUAUGACUACCUCCUCGACGGUCAACGUUGGCAUCGCCAUCCACCGCCUUGGGGACAAAGUCAGUAGAACCGCGUCUUACCAAUGGAACCUUGUCCUCUCUACUGGUUCAUUUGACGCCCGCGAUGUUCGCGUCUACACCAUCUCCAACACCAAAGACAAAGGACGCACCACCUGUCCAUGGUAUCUCGACCAUCGAAAAGCCACUCUACUCCAAUCCUCCGCCCUCCAAGGUGUCUUCCAGGUCCCCUUGAUCGUUCCGUUGACAUUAGCGGCGCUUGAUGAAUUCAUUGGCCAGUUCUCAUCGACACGGGAUGGCUAUAACACGAGGGGACGAGGUUGGGACAGCACGGCGUACACUGUCCGGACUCUGGACAGCUUGUAUGAGGCCGGCUGUAUCAAGCUGCCUUGCAGGAUGGACGAGCUGGUGCUGUACGUUGAACAUAGAGCCGCUCGACUGGAGUCGAUGAGGGAGCAACCUGGGUACGGAAGCAUGAAAUUAGCGGUUCUCCCGUUGUGAUCGCAGACCAGCUCAGAUGGGGGGGGGGGCGUGCAUGUCGUUACGGUGUGGCACGAGAGGUGGCUGUCGAUGAUAGAUCCGAGAGUCUGGGAACUUUGGGAGAGAGACUCGCGCUGUUGGUCGUCCAUGCGGAAGUCGGGGUUGGUUAGAGUUUAGAUCGCCAAGGGGCGCGAUUGGAACAAAAUGCUGGUUGGUUCGGGUCGUAUUUUUUCCUGCUCUUGUUCUCGCUUUCAUUUACUUCUGUUUGCUGUGUGUAUCUGCUAUCUUUGUAGUUUAUUUGGGGGACCCUGGGUCACGCGCAGUUAUCCUUUGCGCGGUCGCCACCGUUCGUUAAGCGGGAUCAUCAUAUUCAUAGAAAUAAUGGCUCGUAUCAGAAUAUUUAGUAAAAUGUUCACCACAUCCUGCGAUAGCUGUUAA